GUUUGUCACUCUGUCUCAUAACUUGGUUCGUGGUGUUCAAGUAAUAAUCCAAUCUUUGAAAUUUCUGGGUUGAGAAACCAUCCUUAUUUUACGACCCACUUGAUUUGACAAAUUUGAUAAUUUAACAAUGAAGAUGUCCAUCUUCACGGUAUUUUUAGUCAUCCUAUCACUCGAAAGUUGUCUCCAAGGCGGUGCGAGUUCCAGAACUUCGCGACAAUUGGAACUUACCCAGGAGCAAAAUGACCUCUUGCGGAGCACGAUUAAUAAGCUGGCUCGAGAGGAGUUAAUCCCACAGAAUACAAACUUUGAGUUGACCAACUUCACCAGCAAAUUCCCAUCCACCAAAACUGUUGUUCAGAAAAAUCCCGACGGUUCGACAACGAUUUUAACCUCGGGAACUUAUACUUCGCUCGGGACCAAGACUUUCUCCGCCUCGUGGACAUUCCUCCUAUUGGUGGUCAUGCUGACCGUCUUAACGGACACCUGCAGAAUGGACACCUUCCUCGAUUUGUUUAUUCUUCGCCAGGAUGCAACCUUGUAAUUAAUUUGAUUUUCUACAAAUUUCUUUGCUAAGAACUAAAUAUUUGAUAUGCUUUUUAUUUAUUUACUGACAAUAAUAUGCGGAUCACAUUUUAUUUUGAUUAUACAUUUACAUUACACGAGUGUCCGAAUGUGGCAUGUUUCACUUUAUUGGGAAAUUACUCUUGUAUGUACACUCUUUUUUUAUUAUUGCUGACUAACUCCUCAGUUUCCCGUUCGAUUAGGCAAUCAAAUCGGUUUAAUUUGUUUUUUGUCCACAAAUAUCGUAAAAAGUGGAUGCCGAGCAAUGAAAGUUCACUUUUCCCAUUGAUUGUGACAUUCUUUAUUUACUGGUUACAAUAAAGAGCUACAUAAAUUUUG